AUGGAAGGGGGGGCCCCGAUCCAACAAAUCUGCGAGAAGCUCCAAAUAUUCGUGCUUAUGCCAUUGUUGGUUCCUCUAGUCUUCCUGCGGUGGGAUGCAGGGUGUAUCCUUCCUCGACGUUUUUUCGAGCGAGGACGAGUCCGACCGGAUACGGGCAUUCCUACGCCGCGAAACGGUCGGGGCGGACACUCUCCACUCGUCCAUGAGGGACGCAAACGGGGUCAUCGUAUCGGUCCAGCUUUUCCACGUUUGCGGCCAGGACUUCGACGAUCACGUCUUCCACGUUGUGGGUGUGCGAGAGGACAGGGAUCGACCUUCAGGAUGCCUCCAGACUCGAAGGUUCCGCCAGUCACCACCAUCAACGCGCCGCCAGUGGAGCCCGCGCCGUCUGACGUCGAGAGCAUAAGGACACUGGAACUGGAGGGCGAUGGCGAGGACCUGGCCGUAUACUUCAGGCUUUUCGAGACGGGCUACCCCGUGGAGAAGUGCUCCAUUGGCUUCACCUGGCUGAGCGGACCGUCGGUGCUGGGGGCGAGGCUGCUGGAGUGGGUCGUCGGCACAGCGAGCUUCAUCGACUGCGUGGAGGAGCUUCGCAGGGACGCUCUUCGCGAGGGGCAGGGCAUACACGCGCAGCGAGCCGUGCAGGUGAGGCUGAGGCCGCCUCACCUGCACCGGCUCCGCAGGGAGCUGAGCGCGGAGGCCGUGCUCUCGCUGCUCCACAACGAUGCCACCGCGGAAGCGCAGCUGUGGACGGCGAAGGUCGAGCUGCGGGACACCAAGGUUCUCAGGAAGCGUCGCGGGUGUUCUCAGCGGUCGUCGUGCUCCGUCGCCGAGAGUAUCGAUGAGUCCGUCGAUGAAUUCGUCAUGCUCGAGGAAAUGGAGGUGUAUUUCAGCAUGUUUGAGAGCGGCUACCGUGUCACCGGAUGCUCUCAUAGCUUCCCCGCACUUGUCGGGCUUCCCGCGGCCAACCUCAGGAUGCUGGACUUGGUGAUCGACGAGGAGGCUUUCAUCACGGAGACGCAGGUUGUGUUCAACAGCGCGUACCAAAAGGGCGACUUCACUUUCUCGAGGGUGUGCAAGGACGUGCGCAUCAAGCGGCCCCUCCUAAGUGGCUCGCUCCUGGCCACAAUCGAGAUCAGCAUUGGCCACAACGACGGUGCCGAGGACUUCCGGCUGUGGACGCUGAAGGCCACGCUGCUCGACGUCAGGGCGUCGGCCCGCGCCCGGCCCGGAGGCCCCGCGCCCCUCGGGGCCGCGGCGCCGCCGGAGUGGCCCGAGGGCAGGGGCUCGGCGUGCGCGGUGCAGCGCCGAGGCCGCCGGACUGCUUCGGUGGCGAGCUAG